AAAAAUCAAGUUCCCCAACAAACCUUGAAGGAACUCUGUGAAUUAUUUUUACAUAGUCUGAAUAAUCCAAAGGCAUGCAGAAGAGAAAUCUCCACUCACACAGUAUCGUCUCUCCAUGAGAAUCUGGCUCAAAACACCGAACUUGUACAAGCACUCCUUGGGUUUCUUCUAGUGGAUGACAGUCAUUCCAUGAAAUUUGAAUAUAAUUCUCAUCUCCAAAAUAUUACUGUGGACUUCAUUUUAGACUCGUUGACAUCCCUUCAGAAACAUCACCAGACUGAGGCACCAUUUUCUCAAACUGUGAACCUGAUCUACAAGAUCUUAAGCAUCAUGUGGUUUGAUUUGGAUCUCCAAGAAAGUGAGCUCAAGCAUUUAUGUACUAAACUCUUUAGAGCCUCCUGGGUUAAAGGAUAUAUUUCAGAGGAGCAAGUUCAGGCAUCUAUACUCAGGAAACAGAAUGCUGGUUUGGUUAAU